AUGUAAACGGUAACAAUGUGUAACUUUGUAAACAAUAAGACAAUAACGAUUAUACGUCAUCUUCAAGUACAUGUAUAUGGUUCUAUUCGCGGAAAUGGCUCGCGAUUAUGAAAGUGGUUUAAGCUCUUAGUGUUAUAAUAUAAUUAAUAUCGCUGGAUUAGACCAUAUUGAUUGUACAUGUAAAUACAAUUGGAAUAAAAACACCGGUGUUUACAUAACAUGAGCAAUGCUGAUAACUGACCAAGUUCCAUUUAGUCUUAAAAGCAACAUUAAAAGGUUAAUCUUUAAGUGUGUGUUUUUUCUAAAACGUGUUGCUGAUGGAGAAAAUGGAUGUUUCGAGAACGUAAGACUAAGUCGCUGAAACAUAGACUGGGGAAACCCGUUUUAAACGUCAUCGGAAGAAUCUAUACAGCUCCGGAAAUGGAACAAUUUCACAAAUCUGUUCUAAAGAAAAAUCAUAUUACGUUGGUGUCUGAUAUUGACCUUACUUUAAGCUCUGUGCUUGAUAGUCUACGAGAAGAUGGACUUAUCAGUUCAAACGAGGAAGAUGCCAUCAUGGCAGAGAAAACAAAAAGGAAUCAGAAUUCAAAAUUGUUGUACAUACUAAAGAAAAGAGACCCGACCACCGGUCCGUAUGACAACUUCAAGAACGCUUUAAAGAAGGACUACGGUUUUCUCGUAGAAAAGCUAGAAACAACUGAAAAACAAGUCAGUAGCUCGGCAGCCGAAUUGCAUAGAUCAGAAAAAUGCACACAUUGUGAACUGAUGAAAAGAAUAAUUCCUUCAGAUGUGACGCAUCUUUUGUAUGAAAAUGGGGUGCUUACCGAUGAUGAAUUAGAGGAACUAAACAAUGAUGCAAUUCCUAGGUUGUCUCGUGUAAAUCGCCUUUUUGAUCUUCUCAGAUCAAAAAAUAAUGCCGAAGAAGUGGCAACUCACUUAGAAAGUAGUUUACGGGUUAAAUAUAAGUCCUUGAUUCAUGAUGACGAAGGAGCGAAUAUGAGCAAAUACGUGAAAUGCCGAUGUACGAGAUCGACGACGCCGAUUGAAAAAGAUGAGCAAAACAAUAAGGAAUCGUGUAGUGGUACAAGUCAAAUUAUUAAUGAUUUAAAUAAAGACUACAAUUCAAACAUAAUUAAGUCCAUUUCAUCACUGGAAAAUAAUAUUCCGGCUUUGGGUCAUGGAAACGAGUUGCUUUCUCUGGACAGUAAUGAAUUUCAAUCUUCUCUUGAUAGACCAUGUGGAGCAACUCCACAAGAGCACGAUGAGAACAGUUUAAAUAGUAAUCAACACAAUAAGCCUACAAGACCUCGAUGGAUUACACCAAACGUUGUUAGCUACUGUCAAAAAAGAAGAAAUGAAUGUUUAAUUAACAACACUCCAAAUUUGGAAACACGUGUUAUGUAUAACACGUUCGACAACUGUUUGAACAAAUAUGAUGGUUCACAUAAAAAUAUCUGUAUCGAUGAAUACGUUCAACAUAGUAUCUACUUACCGAGUUCUGCAUUCGUAGGACAUUAUACGUUGCCCCAUAUGCAAACAUGUUAUGACAAUCGUGACUCAGAAAUUACGCGUCCCCAUGCAAACACUAGACGACGCGAUGAGAAGAGAAAAUGUGUAAGAAAAAGAUACCGUGCGCACGUGAAUGCUCGUUCGGAUGCAACAAAAGGUUACGAUGAUGUUGAUGGAAACCCUGAAGAAGAUGAUAAAAGCCAAACGCCAGGACUUGGUGCUUUAAUUGAAACACGCCCAAAGGAUCAUGAUAGCGACCUUAUGCUAGUCAAAAGUGUAAAAAGAGCCUUACCUAACAACAGAAAAUUGAUGAGGAAGUGUUCGCGUUUGUGGGAUCAGUUGUUUUUCCUUCGUGAGAAGGGUGAUUGGACAACACAUUCUCUUAUAACCAAAAAGGCGUUCGAAAAAUUUAGUGACAGUCCCGAUUUAAAAGUAAUGUUGUACAGAAGUGAAAUGUGCAUUUCUACGUUCUAUAAGAGUGAUCAUGCGAAGGCUUUGGAGAUGUUUGAUAAGGCAUUGGAAUGCCUUCCAAUGACUGAGAUGCCUAACUGGCAUCUGACGCGAAUACUGCCGUUAAAAGUGGAGCUAUGCACACGAGCAAAUAAGAUGGACGAGGCGUCGAGUCUGCUAGAUGACGCUAAACAGGCAAUGGUAGCCUUAAGACCGUGUCUUUCAACUGGUGCAGUUUAUUUCUUUGAGGCCAUGUAUCUUAGUAAUAUUUUACAGUGCACCAGGAGAGACACUAAAUCUGCGGACGGUAUUUCGCAGAAAGUGAAGACAUGUUUUCUGACUGCAAUUGAGCACUACGAUCAGGAGGAAGUGUUUUCAGUCAAAUCGUUUUUAAAUCAAGUGUAUUUAUUCCUGGCUUUGUUUUCUCUUGGUGUAGAUUGUAAAAAGAUAAGGUACAUGCACAUUCACGAGGACAUUAAACCAGAAGACAUACAUCUGGCAGAACACUAUCUUAGUUUGUUUGAAAACAACUGCUGGAGAGCUUCAACCAUUUGGUCUAGAAUGUUGUUUUACAUUGGUCGUGGGGAGCAACACAAACAAAUACAUAACUUUGAACGGAGUUUGGACUAUUUUAAACAGGCGAAGCUAUGUGCAGAAAAUGGCAGCUUUGUUGAGCAUAUUGAAUUCAUAACGAACAAUAUUCAAAAGGUAGAUGAGCGUCUGUGCGAGCAGCUGAGACUGGAGGCAUUGAAGGAGCAGUCUCAAACAGUGAAGGACAUUUUGAAGAAGGCUUUGGACAGUACCAGUGAAUCGGGUUCAUGCGCUGAGGAUUAGUUGCUUUUGAUAUGCUUGAAACUGUUUGUAUGAGUCUAAAAUGUAGCGUACAUUAUUGUUGCUAAAUUUUAAAUGAUGUAUAAGCAUGGUACAUUUUAUGGAAGUCUUUGUGUGCAUUAAAAUUCAAUUGCAUUGUC